UGUUUAGCGAUGCCAGACGCUACAGAAGUGUUGUUGCCUAUUUAGAAGUAAAUGUGCCAAUAAUAACCACUAUCAACAUGCAUCAGUCACCAAGAACUGAGCUUUGCCGGUAGAAGCUGAUGAAUGUGUUUACACGUGCCGAAAAAUUAAAAGAUCGCGGGAAGUUGGUACUUUGUUAACAGAAUGCAGUUGCAAAUCUCGAUGAGAUGGCGCUAAAAGCAGUUUACAUUGUGUGUUUACAAGUGGUGGCUCAAAAGUGAUGAAGCGAUUUAGUUUCCCCGGCUAAAAGUUGCAAUGUACUUAAUAUAUGCCGAAAUUUGACAGCAAAAAUGUCAUCCUCUCUCACUGCUGUGCCCGUGAACAGAUACGAAAGGUCAAUAGAUGAUCUUCCUGAUGAAGUUUUGGAAUAUAUUCUUAGUCUUGUUCCCCCAUACAAAGACUUAGAAGAAUGUUCCGUUGUUUGUAGACGAUGGCAUAAAGCUGUAAAAAAUGUUAUUCGCCAUACACAGAAGAAGUUUAAUCGGUCUGUGACGGAGUUCCUCAUAGAAUGUGAAGAAUUAACUCCUGAGGCGUACACACCAUCUAUUACCAAAAGAUAUUCACAUUCUGCAUGCUUUUGUGGUAAUUCAAUGUAUGUGUUUGGCGGAUGUACUUCCACAAGCACAACUUUUAAUGACUUAUGGCGACUUGAUCUUGACAAGCGGCAAUGGGUGAGGCCUCUAACUAUGGGGUCAUAUCCUUCACCUAAGGCAUGUGCUACAAUUGUUUGUUAUAAGGAUACCUUAAUCCUUUUUGGAGGCUGGACUCAUCCAUCUCCUUAUCCACUCCACCAGGGCUGGCGACUUUUCAAUGAGUUACACAUUUACUAUAUCAGCUGCAAUCGAUGGAGAGCCAUAAAUAGUACUACUGCACCACCUGCAAUGGCUGGUCACUCUGCUUCCGUCCUUGGUGAAACAAUGGUGGUUUUUGGUGGACUGCAAAAGACCCAUUCAUUAGGACAAUACGUGAGUUCAAAUGAUGUUUGGUGCUUUGAUAUGGAUGACAUGCUGUGGAGCAAAAAGGCAACUACGGAACUAAAACCGCAUGUUCGAUAUGGACAGUCACAACUGACUUUGGAUGACAGCAGCAUUUUAAUACUGGGUGGCUGUGGCGGUCCGAAUAUGGUUUUCAGUGAUGUCUGGCUGCUCACUGCCACUGAACCUGUGUGGACGUGGCUGGAGGUUCAAGUAGAAAAUCCUCAGUGGUCUGCCUCUCAUAUGUGGUGUCAUCCAGCCUGUAAGAUUGGCCAGCAAGUUGUGGUAUUCAGUAGAAAUCCUGUAUCUAAUGCACCUGCACCCCCAUAUUCACCGCAGUGGAAUAGGCCUUCAGUCUGCCGUGUCAACACUGUACAGCCUAUUCGUAGAAUGGAGGAUGGAACAGAAGUGCCAAGAAACACCGAAAAUACAUCGGAUAAAGAAUUUAAUGUCAAUGGCCGAAGAGGAAGUCUGACAACGAGACAUGCAAGUAACACACAACCAAAUGCAUCUACAAGCUCAAGCAGUGGUGAUGAAAGUGAUCCUGAAAGCCUUUGUCAACAAAGGCUAACUAGUGGUUCUCAGAGUGAUCUCAGUGCAAGUCAUUCCACUUCAAAGACAGUAAAAAAUUCUGAAGCAAAUAAUCAACAAAAAUUGAGAUUGGGGGCUUCCAAAAAGUAUGAGAAUCCUGAAAAUUUGUCAAUGGGGAUGCCAGUUUGCCGCGAGCCUGAAAAUUUAGAUUCUAAUAUGUGCCGAAGAAUUGGAAAUAUGGUAGCAUUUCGAGAUCAUGAUACAUCUAGAAGUAAUGUCAACACAAAUAGGCAAAGACAGUUAGAAUCAUUACGUCGAAUGGAAGAAAGACUACUUAGCUUGUCACGCAGAAGCAACAGUUCAUCCUCUGGCGCUGCGAAAGCUGAAGAGACAAGUAAAUCAACCGACACACCUGCAUUUGUAAGGAGAAGGCUUCCACCUUCAAAGUCAUCAAUGUCAAUGUAUGUUUUAGAUAUUUCAAAUGUCCUUUCACACUGUGUUGUGAGAUGGUUGCCUGUUAAGGAAAAUAGAGGGCCUGAAGAAAUGAUUUUGUAUACUUUAGUCGCAGGUAAAGGUGAACUCAUUAUGUUUGGUGGUAUUCAAAAAGAUGCAACUUCCAUUGCUGCUAGUGCCCAGCAGUCAUCUUAUGGAUCAAAUACAGUCUCAAAUUCUCUCUACUUCAUUACGUCACCAAAAGGAAUCAUUUAAUUCUAUUCAAAAAUAAUAAGAGUACUCGGAAGACUGCAGGCACGAAACACUUAUAUCUGUGUUAAGAGACUUAUUUAUUUUUAUGUUAUGUUUUGUUCCUUUUUCUCUUUUUUUACCCUCCUAUAAAAUACUGCUGAUGGAAGAAAUUCUUUUCACAGUUUGUAAAUAUUGAAAAUUAUGGCACAGAAAAAGUUAAAAUUAAAUAAAGAAAUGAGUGUAAACAUUUGAUGUUAAGUCUAUGGAUAUUUUCGGACAUAUAACAUGUGCAGCUGUACAACAAAUAAAGUAUUGUCAUAAAAUAAUCUGAAUUAAUUAACUCAUAUGAUCUUAACGUAGUUACGGGGAUUCCACCCCAAGGUCUUGCUUUUUGAAGGCUGAUGCAAAGACAGUAACCACUUUCAAGUUUUUGCUUCUACUUUUUUGGUGUCACAUUAUGAUACUUUUUAGAGCUUUAAUCUAAGAAGGUUUUAAAUCUUUAAACACAAACCGUUCCAUCUUAUGAGCUUCAGUAUUGAUUAUUUGCCACAUACUGAAUCUGCAUUUCAAUAGGUGUGUGUGUGUGUGUGUGUGUGUGUGUGUGUGUGUGUGUGUGUGUGUGUGUGUAUGUUCCAAAGAGACAAGGUGGUGGGCCAGUACUUGCUUUCAGAAGGCAAAAUUGGAUGUACUGCACUGUACAGAAACACUUAAAUGUAGAGUAUACUAUUCCUAGCCUUCCGAACUUGUUCUCUCCUUUCCCAGGAAAGAAAGAAGCAUUGAUUGGUUAGGAGAAGAUUGGAAAGGAUGGGCAGGUCACUCAGAACAUAAAUUGAGAGGACACACCUUUUGUGUGGAGCCAUUCACACUCUUUGUAAUUUAACAUUUUUCUCAACUGAAUUUUCUCAUAUAUGUACGAAGAAUAGCAGGCUGGAAAUGAGCUGGCUAAAAAUGAGUGUAAUAGGUUGGCCACAUUAAUACAUGAUAUGAAAUUGUGUCUCUCUGUAAAACAAAUUAGUAAAUUAGUACUAGUGCAAUCUCUGGUGUUCAUGAUUUUUACUUACAGCACCAUAUUGACUGUUUUCCAAUUAGAGACCAAAUUAUAAUGCUUGUAGUGACUAUUUAAAUUUGGGUCAGCUUAAAGAAUAUGUUAUGUGUGACCUGUACGAACCAGCUGCUAUCAGUUCAGUGACAAUUGCUGAGAGUAUAAAGUGCCAAAUCCUACACAGUAAAAUUAUAUAUGUUAUUUUGCUUUAAUUUUAAUGCUUUCAAAUAACUAGUGUCGUAUACUCUUAGUUGUUAUACAAUUAUAACUAUGUUCAAAACAUGUACGUUCUUAGAUAUGAAUUACAGUAUAAUGAUGUGUAGUUUCUCUAGAAUUACAAUAGUAUAAACAAAAAACAGUGCCUGAUCAGGUAAAUAGAGAAGGUAUAUCAGUGGCAAAUAUAUGUGCAUUUGAAGUGGCAGUAAAUUUUUAUAGAUAAACUGGGAUGGAUUUAUGAAAUUUUUGUUGCACGUAAGAGUAUUUUUGCUUUUGGA